GAGACAACGACGUCGAAACUUUCAGAUAUUCAUAUACUCCUUUUUUUCCGUCCCCGGAGAGCGCCACCCACCUCAUAUCAUUACCAAAAACCUACCCAAUUUGAUCAAAUCGGAUAAAUCUAUGUUCCCUCUCCCUCCGGCGAGCGCAUUUUACACAUUUUGUAUGAUUUUAUUCAGUUUUACGAUUCGAUUAUCCAUCCAAAUGCCAGAUUCGUAUGUUUUGUAGCUAGGGAUUUUUGGGUUUUUGGCUGAACAAUCUUAUCUAUUUUUGUAUUCGCUCCCAAUUGUUAACGUUUUUGCACAAAGGGGCUGUGAUAUUGGGGAGCUAUGACGUCGCAUUUCGAUCGGUGGGAGAAAGAUCCUUUCUUCUCUGCAGCGGAAGAAGUUCAGGAAUCUGCCGACAGGAUGGAAUCGACUUAUAGAACAUGGAUUCACGCAACCAAGGACUCUUCCGGUACUUGGAAUUCCGAAGAACUCGGCAGGGACCUAUAUACUGCCCUUGGCACUUGCAAAUGGCAGUUGGAGGAAUUUGAACGAGCAGUUAGGUCCAGUUACACUGAUAGUGCAACGGAUGAUGCAAAAGACAGGCAUCAAGAAUUCAUUAUAGUAAUGAAGAGCCAGAUUUCAAAAGUGCAAAAUUCUUUACACGAGUCUGCUGUUUCAACAGGCAAGCCACCUCUUCCAUGGGUGUGGUUGGAUGAGGGAGAAAGCAAUGAGCUUGCAUUGUUUAUUUCAGGACCAUCUACUUCUGGGGGCAAAACAUUUCUAAAAGUUCAUGUUAAGGACCGACAAACAUUGAACCAACAUGAGACUGAUAAACAAAUGGCAUCCCACCAUUUGAAGAAUUUGUCUCACUUGGUGGAGGGGGAGGUUAGGGAGGAGAAGGUUCCUGGGCAUCGGAGGACGGCAAGUGCUAGUGCUGACAUUGGUGCCUGGAAGAUUGCAGUCAAUGAUGAUGCUUUUGUGCAGAGUUCCUCCAAUGUACAGCCUGAGCCAACUCCUCGAAAGAUUCCAAGUUUUUCGGGGUUCCUAAAUACCAUGGAGUCUGCAUCGAAGUUGAAGUGGUCAAAGAAUGUUUACAGGAAGUUGAAGAUUACAGAUCACCAAGAAGCUGAUAUCUCAUUACCAAAAUCUGAGCAUUUGACUAGAGGCAUUAAUGCAUGCUAUGAAAGAAGUAAGAGUUGCCUUGAAGGUUGUGAUGAGUGUUAUGACAAGCAACUCUAUGGUUGGUAUGGAUCCAUUCAGAGACAGCUUCAAAGGUCUCAGUAUCACAUGCAAUAUGGUCGACCCAUUCAAGUGGUGUUUUGGAUUGUUUUCCUACUAUGCUUGAUUGUUUUGGUUGCAUUUCGUGCGAUCUGAGAAGGCGAUGGAUUCUUUAUUCAGCAUUCGUAGUCAAGAGUGGUAUUCGGGGUUGGAUAGUUAAAAGAAAAAACUGCUGAGCAUUCUUUACAUUGUUAGCCGGUGGAGGUAGGUGUUCUCUUUAAUGCAGUGUUAUGUUAAUAUUUGUAAGUUGGUGCUCAGAAUUGCACCAUAAAUGCUGUAGUAUUUGUUCGAUGUCUUUUCUGUUUCCAUUUUUUGACUCAGCUGGUGUUGGGAAACUUCUGUUUUACAACCAUUUAAACUUAUAGGUUCGUACCAGUUGCAAGAUCUUGUAAUAUAGUUUCUUUUACUUGGAACUGCACUUUUCCGCUGUAGUUGUAUUUGUAUUUCUAAUACUAAUUAAUGUA